GCGCUGCGCAUGCGCGCGCGGCCCUUCCGGAGCGGAGCAGGAUGGUGCUGCUGGAGAGCGAGCAGUUCUUGACGGAGCUCACCAGGCUCUUCCAAAAGUGCAGGACUUCCGGGAGCGUUUUCAUAACGCUGAAGAAAUAUGAUGGCCGAACAAAGCCAGUUCCACGCAAAGGCCAUGUAGAAAGUUUUGAACCAGCAGACAAUAAGUGUCUCCUAAGAGCAACUGAUGGAAAGAAGAAAAUUAGCACAGUGGUGAGCUCAAAGGAAGUAAAUAAAUUCCAGAUGGCAUAUUCAAAUUUGCUAAGAGCUAACAUGGAUGGCUUGAAGAAGAAAGACAAGAAAAGCAAGGCCAAGAAGAGUAAAGCAACACAGUGAUGGGAUGGUGUGUCACCAGCACUAUAAUAGACUUGACCCUUGCUCAAAGCAAAGUCCAUUUCUUUUUGAGUUACCACUUGUCUGGCUUUCCUUCCAGCAGGAUACUGGGAUGUGAUCAGUACUUUUGUUUAAACUGAGAGCAGAGGUGCUUUCUUUGGGUUGUUGUAUGGCAGGAGUAUGUACAGCAUUAUACUGAAAUAGCUUUACGCUCAGCUGGUUUGUACUUACACUGCUGGGUUUUACUCUGCAGUGUAAAAUCUGUCUGGGGGGUAGCACAGGGUAAGAGAAAUGCACCGUACCAGAAGCAAAACAAGACUGGUGCAGCAGCCUCAGUGACAGAUGCCCAGGUUUAUAGAUGAGCCUCAGUAGUUCUAGGGAAAGCAGGUGCCACCAUAUUAUCAGGAACAGCUGCUUUCCUGUUUCUUAAUCUGAGGGCCAUGUCUACAUGGCACAGUGCAGAUAUCCCCAAGGCAGCCAGCAAAGUGCUGGAGUUCCUGCAGAGCCUUCACUCCAUGCUGAUCCAGCUGUUCUGACCUGGGUUCAGGGUGGGGGGAGGGUAGAACUCUGCAUCAUGUUCCCUUCAGACAUGGCUUAAAAAUGCUCAUGUCACCUAAACUUUUUUUUUAAAAACAUCAUCCUUCAGUAUAUUCAGGGAUCUGAAUUUUCCUUCCUUCAUAUGAGCAGAUGUAAAAAGUAAAUAUGUAAUUGCUCCUAUUAAACAUAAUGAAAAAUUGAUUUGGUGUAAUGACUGAUGUGACUUGUCUUGGUGAAUUGCUAGGAAUGGCACAGUUAUCUAUGCCUUUAGGAUUGGCUGCUGCUGCUUUGGACAUUGCUGUUAGAACCUUCACAUUUCUCAGAAGUUUUUUGGUUUGUCUUGAAAAUUAACUAUACAUGUUUUAACUUUGCCUUCUUCUUUGCUACAAGAAAGGGUAGAAAAAGUAAGUUGGUAUUUAUUAAUGUAAUAAAAAAACCCCCUACAAAUAGCAAUUGUUUAGAGUUAGAGAAAGAAAAAGGUUUAAGUUAUUUAAACAAAAGGUACCAAGUAGGGAGGGAGGGUAAACACCAAUGUGUUUCCAAAAAUCCUUAACAUUUCUGCAUAUUCAUCCAGUGUUUUGAUGUGAAAUACACAGUUAACUAUGGCUGCUGUAAA